GCUAUAAUAGUGAUUUCAUAAGGGGUUCUGUCUAUGCUUUGGAGAAAAUUGGUUUCUUUUAUUCUGUGUGGGAUUUGAUUUCAUCUUUGGUACCCUUUUUGUUGUGUGUGUGUUCUUCACUUAAAUGGGUUUUGGAAAUUUCUAAGAUGAAGAAGAAAAAGGUCAAGUCUGGUGGUGAAUCGAGCACUGUUGUGGAUUUGAAGUCUUUAAUUCAUAAUCAUUCUCUGUUCUUUGACAAGUUAGUUGAGCUUAUACCUGCUAAGUUCUAUCUACCUACUGAUGACAAGGAUAAGCCCUGGUAUCAGGGUCUUAGCAAGGCCCAAAAGGCUUCGGCCAAGAAGGAAGCUAGGGAGAACAUUAAGAAAGCUCGAAGGAACCGGUUAGACCCCGAUAAGUCUUCUGCAACAACCCUUGAUUUGCUGAAGGAAAGCUUGGAGAAGGAGAAAAAGGAUGUUGAGAGUGAUGAUAAAGAUGAAACCGAGACUAAGCCUGUUUUGUCUGGUUUGGAUGAUGAUAAUAGGUCGGUCACAUACGAAGAGCUGCGGCAACGAUUGCGUCGCAGAAUCGAAGAGUUUCAGUCUAGUCGAAACACUGGAGACUCGGAGCCUAGAAUAACCAAGAGGUACGAGAGAAAUGAGAGGAGAAGCAUUGAGUAUAAGAAGCGUAAAAGGGAAAAUGAGUCCGGAGACAAAGCAGCAGCCGAAACUGGUAUUUCAGAGAAGAAAGUAGAGAAAGAUAUUGAAGAAGCCUCAAAGGUGCUUUCAUUUGGUCAUGUCAAGCUCAGUAAUGACGAAGAGCACGAGAAGAAGAAGAGGAGGGUUUCAAAGGCGAAAGAACUGGAGAGAGCCAAGAAGUUAGAGGAAGCAAAGAAUGAUCCAGAGAAAGGAGAGAUUAUCUCAAAGAAGCAUUCUUGGGAUGCAGCAACAAGUAGAGCCGCUGGGAAAAAGGUUCACGACGAUCCCAAGCUGUUGAAACAGAGCUUACACAAGGAGAAGAAGAAGCAACAGAAGAAUGCUGAGAAGUGGAAGGAAAGGGUUCAAACGACUGAGAAAUUGAAAUCAGAGAGACAGCAGAAGAGGUCACAGAACAUAGAGCUGAAGAAACAAGAUAAGAAGCAGAGGCGAAUCGCAAAGAGGGAGAAGAAGCUCAUGCGACCGGGAUUUGAAGGCAGGAAGGAAGGUUUUAUCAAUGAAAAAUCAGCUUAAAGAAUAAUAGAUUGGCUUGCUGUGACCAUUAUGAAGAGCAAUUGAGUUUCACAAGAAUUGCUAAAAAAAAAAAAUAGAACAUAAAAGCUCGAGUGGGAGAUGUGAAACUUGUACGUUUAUAAAUAUGUUUUUUCACAGUUUUGUUAACCUAUUUGUCUUUGAUUAAUAUAGUUGAUUUUUAUUCAGCAUAA